AUGAGGUCCCUUUUUUUUUAUUUCUUUUACUUUUCCAAAUAUAUAUAUAUAUAUAAAAGUAACUUUAUUAUAUUAUACAACACAGGCAUAUUUAUUGGAAGUAGUUUUGUAUUCAAAAAGAAAGGACUCUUGCAAUCCGUAGAAAAGGCUGGUGGUGUGGCUGGUGAAGGCUAUGGAUAUCUAAAAUCAUUUAUGUGGUGGGCUGGGAUGAUCUUGAUGAUUGUCGGUGAGCUAUGCAAUUUUGUUGCCUAUGCAUUUACUCAAGCAAUCUUGGUAACACCGCUGGGUGCCCUGAGCGUUGUAAUUAGUGCCGUGUUGUCUUCGAUCUUUCUCAAAGAACGACUGACCUUUCAAGGCAAGAUUGGAUGUCUACAGUGCCUUGUGGGUGCUGUUGUCAUUGUAUUACAUGCACCAGUAGAAGAUUCCAGUGACUCUUCUAUUGCUACUUUUAAGGGUCUCGUAUUAUCUGUCGGCUUCUUGGUGUAUGUUGGUAUAGCUGUUCUUAUAUCACUUAUAUUGGUAUUUUACUGUGGACCUCGAUGGGGAAAAAAGAAUAUGCUUGUCUACAUCACCAUAUGCUCUCUUAUCGGAUCUCUUUCUGUCGUUUUCACUCAAGGCUUCGGUGCGGCCGUAGUUCACUCGAUUAGCAUCAGCAACCAGUUCACAAAUUGGUUUAUUUACAUUGUCCUGAUCGUAUUUAUCAUCACCCUCAUUGUCGAAAUCGUCUAUCUCAACAAGGCACUGAAUCUUUUCAAUACUGCUCUUGUAACACCUACAUACUAUGUCAUCUUCACUACUCUCACUAUCGUCAGCUCAAGUGUGUUGCACCAGGGAUUCCAUGCGUCUGGUACGGACAUUGGAACCUGCGUCCUUGGCUUUGUGAUCAUCUGCUCGGGUGUCGCCCUUCUUCACAACUCAAAGAGCCAGCCUGACGACGACGACACCGGAACAAUGAUGGACAUCUUUACGGCCAAAGAACAGCCUCUUCAGGAAGGCAUGUCUGGC